CUGAACCAAAGCUCAGGCGGCUGAAGCGGGACCUCCCCCCCUGAUGAAGUAGCGGCCCACCGGACCUCUGUGCACCGGGAGAUCUGCUCCUGUACACACGCUGCUUGGACUCCAGAGCCAGCAUGCUCCGGCAGUCUCUCAGCAUCCUCAAGCAGUUAGGAUCAGCUGCAAAGUCACAAGAUGCCACAGAACUUCUACAGGAGGAGCUGGUUAGGGUGGAGCAGCGGGUGGAGCCAGCAAAGAAGGCGGCCCAGGUACUCCAUAAGAAGCUGCAGGGAUGCAUGCAGAGUCAGCAGGGGCUGGAUGCUGAAAAACGAAUGAAAAAGCUCCCCCUGAUGCUGCUCUCCAUCAGCAUGGCGGAAAGCCUCAAAGACUUUGACGCAGAUUCCUCCAUCAGGAGAGUGCUGGAGAUGUGCUGUUUCAUGGAGAAAAUGCUAGCCAACCUGCUGGCAGACUUCGAGGUGAAGAUGGAGAAGGAAGUUAUGGAGCCGCUCAAUAAGCUCAGCGAGGAUGAUUUACCAGAGAUCCUGAAGAACAAGAAACAGUUUACAAAGCUCACUACCGACUGGAACAACGCAAGAAACAGAAGUCAGGCCAGCACCGGCCCCCAGGCAAAGCAGGACGGCCUGCGAGAGGAAGUGGAAGAAGCUUGGAGGAAGUUGGAGAACAUCAAGGACCAGUACUCUGCAGAUCUGUAUCACUUUGCAACCAAGGAAGAUGACUAUGCAAAUUAUUUCAUUCGCCUUCUCGAGCUCCAAGCAGAAUUCCACAAACAUUCACAUGACUUCUUAUAUAAAAACAUCAAUGAGCUCAAAGAGAACCACAGUCAAAAUGAGUCGCCUACAAGCCUUUCUAACCAGAAGGUCUAUGGGGAACCUCUGCUCUGGCAUCUGUCUGAAAGCGACAGAGAAAUCGCAGUGCCUAUUCAGGAGUGUAUUCAAAUGCUGCUGAAAACUGGCAUGAGAGAGGAGGGGCUGUUUCGUCUGGCAGCAGCAGCUUCAGUGGUGAAAAGGCUUAAAACGUGUCUGAAUCAAGGGAAGGUCGACCACAGCGAGUUCAGCAUGGAUCCUCACGCCGUGGCUGGGGCGUUGAAAUGUUACCUCCGUGAACUUCCCGAACCUCUAAUGACAUUUGAACUCUACAGUGAUUGGUUUGAAGCAGCAGGGGAAAAAGACUUGACAAAAAAGCUUGACCAGUUCAGACAACUACUAAAGAAGCUCCCACCUGAAAACUACCAUAACCUCAGGUAUCUGGUCCAGUUCUCGUCUCUGCUGUCCGAGCAGCAGGCCGUAAACAGAAUGACACCCAGUAACAUCGCCAUCGUGCUGGGGCCGAACCUGCUGUGGCCACGGGCUGAGGGGGAAGCAGCUCUGCUUGACAUGGCGUCGGCCUCCUCGGUCCAGGUGGUGACGGUCAUUGAGCCUCUAAUUCAGUACUGCUCCAGUCUCUUUCCUGAAGCUCAAUCCUUUGAGAUCCCAGACUUACCUGAGAUCCCGGAUGUGCCUGCUGCCGCCACACAGUCUCUCUUCACGGAGAGGGAGAAACUGAGCAGAACAGUUUCCUCAUCAUCAUCCACAGCCUCCUCCUCGUCUUUUCAUCACCUCCCUCUCUCCAAAUCAAACAGCACAGCGUCUCAGGGCAGUGGCAGAUCCUCGCUGGUGAAAUCAGGCUCUGUGAAUAGUCGAAGUGGCACCCCGACAUGGGCCAGGCCUGCAGAGACGGCAACAUCGGACCAUCAGAGCGCAGCAUCCAGCACAUCCUCCUCCCUCCAUUCUGGUUCCUGUCCGUCCUCAAAUACCUCAGCUGGGAGCAGCUUGACACCGAACCAAACCCUGCCGACCAGAGCAGCUGGCUCAGCGCUUAAUCCAGGCCAGACGAGGAACUCUAUCCAGAAGCAGUGCUCGGAUCAGGGCCAGCUGGAGCCCAUUUUGGAGGCUCCGCCAGAUUCUCCCGGAGCAUGUGUGAUGAUCUUGAAUCCAGAUAAACCAAAGAGCAAUUUCAACAGCAAAGCCAAUGAAGCUAAUGAGCAGAUGACAGUUCAGUUCUCCAAAGCGAAACCCGCAGGCCCUCCUAGGACCAAGGCACCUCCACCUCCACCUGCGGCGCCCCCAGCGAAAGCUACACCUGACGCAGACACGAGGCCCCUGCUGAAGCCGGCACCCCGAGCUCAACCAGCAGUCGUCAAAAAGCCUCCGCUGAAAAGGCCUGGAGUCCAAGCCCCAAAAUGUCCUCCACCACUUCCUCCACCAUCACAGCCCAAACAAGUUCCUUCUGUUGCACAAUGAGGAAAACCUUGAUGUUUUCAAGAUUUGUCCUGUGUUUGGUUAAGAGCAGGAUGUAUUCAUGUAAAUUAAAAAAAAAAAAAUGUAAUCUUGGAGAAAAUCUAUCUUUGUAAACGGUUUGUGUCCUGUUUGGUUUCUUGAAUUGAACAAUUGUAGCAUAAUGAACUUUUUUUUUAGGGGUUUUCCCACAUAUUUCUACCCAGUAUCAUUUAUUUAUUCUGAUGUCAUUCAUUUGUCACAUUGUCAUGGUGAAAAUAACAUACCACCAAUAAACUAACGCACAUGUUCAGAACAGUUGGGAUUUCCCCAUCACUUGCGCGCUCACGGGAAAAACCGUUGUAUUGACCUUCAGACUGGACUGACCUGGAGGUUCCACUUUUAAUUCGGAAAAUUAGCAUUUUUCAUAACUGGUGUUCAUAUCCAUUUGUUGACUUUGACUGAAAUAUUCCUGCCUGACCGGUCAUCCAUAUUAUUUUUCCAUUGGAAAUGAAGAAUUAGUCCAGUUUCUCCAGUCCACCAAUGGACGCAAAAGAAACUGCCUCCAGAUUCCACCAGAUGGAGUACAUGAGCAUGCCUUUUUAGGAAAAUCCCUUUCACUUUAAACAUUCAAUCUUGAAAGCUUGAAAUGUAAAUGAAUGGACACCUAAUUAAAAACAUCUUUAUUGUCAGCUCAUAUCAUCAUUGCAUAUCAUCGGUACUGGCUGCAGCAUUCGGAUAUGAAUUG